AGGGCUGAACUUUCAUCUGUCACGACAACAAAGUAACAACUUUCCUCCACGGAGAGAACAAAUCUGUAACUUAUUGUGAGGAUAAACCAAUGGAAACAGCACCUAACAACAACGAGGAGCCGACGCUAACUCCAGACCCAGGAGGACAGAAGCAUGAUCAGUCACCAGCAGAGAAAGUGUUUGGUCGACAGCUGAGUGAACCAGGGCGCUUUGCGUACGCUGGGUUAUGUGGAGUGUCUUUGGGCCAGCUCUUUCAAGGACCUGAGCAAAAAAUGUCAAUGAAAAGACGUUAUGAUGCCAGGGCUCGAGUUCUGAUCCGACAUGUCAGCUGUCUGCUGCGUGUGACCCAACAGCAGCUGGAGGAUUUUGAAGAGACUCUCGGAGAGAAAUUGAGAGAGUCAGGAGAGGAGAGCAAAGAAGAGUCAUCAAGAAGGCAGAAGAAAGAGAGAGGUCGUAAAUUGCGCCGGUACCUGCUCAUCGGACUUGCCACUGUGGGUGGAGGAACAGUAAUUGGUGUUACAGGAGGGCUGGCGGCUCCUCUUGUGGCUGCUGGGGCAGGAGCGGUGCUAGGAGCGGGAGGAGCCGCUGUGCUGGGAUCAGCCACGGGCAUCGCCAUCAUGGCUUCCUUGUUUGGAGCCGCAGGGGCCGGGUUAACAGGCUAUAAAAUGAACAAGCGUGUCGGCGCUAUAGAGGAGUUUGAGUUUCUUCCGAUGAGUUCUGGAAAGCAUCUUCAUCUCACUAUAGCCGUGACGGGCUGGCUGUGCAGCGGCAAAUACAGUUCAUUUCAGGCUCCCUGGUCCAGUCUCGGAGCGUGUGGCGAGCAGUACUGUCUGAAAUGGGAGUCGCGUUAUUUAUUGGACCUGGGCUCUAUUCUGGACUCAUUAUGGGAUGGGCUUGUUAGUGUUGUGGCUCAGGAGGCCCUCAAAUACACAGUGCUCUCAGGCAUAGUAACGGCUCUGACAUGGCCUGCGUCUCUGCUGGCUGUGGCCAGUGUGAUCGACAACCCCUGGGGAGUGUGCCUGAGCCGAUCAGCAGAGGUGGGAAAACACCUCGCCCAGGUGCUCCGGAGCCGACGGCAGGGAAAGCGGCCUGUCAAUCUAAUUGGCUUUAGCCUUGGAGCUCGUGUCAUCUACUUCUGCCUAGAAGAGCUCGCUAAUGAUCAAGGUAGUGAAGGUGUGGUGGAGGAUGUGGUGUUGCUGGGGGCCCCUGUGGACGGAUCGGAGAAAGCAUGGCAGCGACUGUCCAGGGUAGUGGCUGGGAAGAUUGUUAAUGGAUAUUGCAAAGGGGAUUGGCUUCUUGGAUUCCUCUACAGAAGUUCAUCUGUCCAACUGUCUGUUGCUGGGCUGCAGCCAAUCAGUUCGCAAGACCGCAAAAUAAUCAAUGUUGAUCUGUCAUCAGUGGUAAAAGGACACCUGGACUACAUGCGUCAGAUGGACACCAUCCUAGUAGCAGUAGGGGUUCCUACCAGGGAAGAAGCUGGAGCCCUGAGUGGCAAACUACAGCUGGUACAUUUAUCUCAGGAAAAAACAGGCACUCCAGAACCAGCUGGUCAGAGCAGAGUCAUGGGGGAACCAUCCAUGGACAUUUCAAACAAUGAUACCUCAGACGCCACAGAGACAAAUGUAAAUGAAUUCAAGAAACAGACUGGAGACAAGGAACGGUGUGAGAGGAAGGACUCUGAGAAUGGCUGGGAUAUCCCUGAUAUAUCUGAUUUAUUGGACUCCAUCAGUGAAUGUGAUGGCAUCCCUGAACCCUGUCAAGGGAACGUGCAUUCACCAUGUGCUCUCGGAGUCAAGGAUCAUGUUGAACCAUCUCAAGAUGAAGGCAAAAUAGACAGAGAAGAUUAAAGUGACACAUACUGUGAGCACACGUCCUGGGACUGGGAUGACAUGAACUGGACUACUGAAUGCACAAACACAACCUACCAGUCGCACACUGAAGCACAUGAACAGUUAGUCAUUGGCAAACCUGCUGGUUCUGAGCCCAUGAGCAAUGAAAUCGUGACAUUUCCAUAAUUCACAACUCAAAAAAUGUGGGUCGGGUCUAGAUGGUAUACCUUGUUCCAAGAAACUCUCCUGAGAGUCGCAUUUGCUGCUACCAGGAUUGAGGGUUGGGCGUAGGGUCGCUGUGGAACUCAAAUAAACACAGUGUUUGAAUGUCACAUGUGAAUCUCACUAGACUUUUGGCAGAAGAAGGGUUACCAUCUAGACACCACCCAGAAUGUAAGUUAGCAAUAUAAGCUAGGAUCAACUGGAACCUUGUCUUUUUGUCAUUCUGAUAUUGUCUAAUAAUAUUUUUUAAGUUAUUUGUGGCUAUCAUCUCAUGAUUUUUUAAGCACUGCUCAAUAUAAUUUGUCAUAAACUGCUAUGUGAAAACUGUCAGUAUUUCGUGUAUACCAUUUUCCCCCUUCAUUAGAAGUGGUUUGCUGUUUAAUUAAGAUGUGAAUUAUAGUUCCACAGACAACCCACUUGACAUUGUGUGAAGUAUUAGUGAGAUUUCUUUCACUCUCGUCUGCUUUAUCCAUCUGUUGUUUUGGUUGUUAUGGUAAUGAAUGAACCGGGAUGCGUGUUGAGUCUGUUCAAAAUGUACAAUCUCUAUGAUCUGCCUUGAGGAGCGAUGCAGCCUUCCAGUUUAGGCAUGACUAUCCCAUUAACACUUAUCCCAUUGAUUUUUUUUUUUUUUUUAGCAUUGUAUGUUUUAAAAAAAAAUUCAUAAACCUAUAGUUAUAAGUCACAUAUCU